UUUCCAUUAUCAAUUGUCCGAUUACAUCGAAACAAAAUAGCUUCCAGAUCGCACAGCCUUGGCUUCUGAGGAAAUAUUCAAUAGAACGCGAAAAUAACUUGCAGGGCUACAAUGCAAGGCUGAGGAGCAAGGCUGAGAAAGUGACGAUCCGAUUUAGUGCCGCCUAUGACGCUUGCAUUUUCUCCCCUCAUCAACAUGAUUGAGUUUCCUGCUUCGAUAUUGGCCAUGAAAGUUCCAAAUGCCAUCAACAAAGCUCCCUCAAUCUACAGGGCUUACAAUCACUAAUCCCCUCAUAUUAUAUCGUGCUCUAUUAGCUACGAAAGCCAUUGACCCUGAUCCAGCUCAACAUCGCAUAGCUUUACAUCUACAAAAGUUAUAUCUACGAUUGAAGGACUACAAGCCUCAAUCCGAAUAUGGAGCUCGACUCAAAGCAAUUAGUCAGGCAAUCAAUGAUGGUCAAAAUGAAGAAGAUGGACGAACGGUAGCAGCACCUGGUCAUCCCUUACGCAACAACCCACUGUUUGCCCAUCUUUUCAAAAGAAAAGAACGUCAAGAUACACUUGCAAUGACAAGAAUCCUUACAAGCCAUGAAUCAGCAAUGCAGAUGGAUUCUCCACAAGGUAUAUUGCUUCAUGGUGAGGUUGGGACUGGAAAGUCAAUGCUAUUGGAUAUGUUAGCAGAUAGUCUACCGAACAGCAAGAAAAGAAGAUGGCAUUUCAAUACUUUCAUGUUGGAGACAUUUGCACGUUUAGAGCAAUUGAGACAAUCUCGCUCCAAUCAUGGAGAUCUAGGCUCAGAGGACUAUUCAUUACUUUGGCUAGCAAAGGAUAUGAUCGAAAAGUCACCAAUCCUUUUCUUGGACGAGUUCCAGUUGCCAGACCGAGCUGCAAGUAAAAUCUUGAGUAACCUUCUGACACCAUUCUUUCAAUUGGGUGGUGUACUAAUUGCAUCUUCAAAUCGUAUGCCAGAAGAACUUGAGAAGGCUAGUGGUAUGGAUUAUGCCAUUUCAGGAAGAGGCGGCCUUGUGAAGAAUUGGCUGGGCUUAGCUAAACCCCAGAAGCUCGACAUGUUCUCUGGUCGGAAUGAGUUUACUAGUUUUGUUGGAGUUCUGAAAGCCAGGUGUGAGAUCUGGGAUAUGGGGAAGGGUGGUAGAGACUGGAGGCGAAGAGAAAUCGAGGAUGUUGAUGAUGAAACGGCGAAAAUGUCCGAAAUCAUGCGAGAGGAAAUGAUCGAAGGGUUUACUGGGCUCGAAAAUCAUUCAUCUGGCAAUUUUGGACUAGGAUAUGAUCAAAGUAUUCAUGCAGGGAACGAUGGCGAGACGAAUGAGAAAACUGCCAAGGCGAAUACGCCUAAGAAGUACCUUCUCACUUCAGACAGUGAUGAUGCUUGGGAGAAACUAGUAAAAUCAGCUUUUCCAUCAUCUCCAGACCCAAUCCCAUGGCAAUCAACCACCCUCCUCGUCUAUGGUCGUACGGUACCUGUUCCACGGCAUCUCAAUGGCAUUACCUACUGGGACUUCCCCACUCUUUGCGGAGGUACUUUCGGUCCUGCAGACUAUAUUACCAUGGCUUCCACCUUCCACACCUUCAUUCUUGACUCCAUUCCUAUCCUGACACUGCUUCAAAAAAACGAAGCAAGACGCCUCAUCACCCUCCUAGAUGCCCUCUACGAAGCUCGUUGUAAACUCAUCAUCCGCGCUGCUGUCGGCCCAGACACCCUUUUCUUUCCGGAAACUACACUACCUCCCUCCUCAGAUUCCGAGUCCGAAAAUCCCCAAGAUGCUGUAUACCCCGAAACCCUCUCUGAAAUCUAUCAAGACCAAACUUCUCCUUUCCGUCCGAAUAUCUCUACCUACACCGAUACCUCCAGUACUAAAACUGGAUAUGACCCAGACGAAGAUGCAGAUUUCGGUCCGGUUCCUGGGGCGGGUAAUGAGAUUGGGAGGCAGAAAGGAAAUAUGAAAGGGGUGGAUUUCGGCAGGACGGAAAGUUUUACUGGUGAGGAUGAGAGGUUUGCGUAUAAGAGGGCGGCGAGUAGAUUGUGGGAAAUGUGUGGCGGGAGAUGGCAUGCAAGAGGAGGAGAUGGGAACGGGGAAGGAUGGUGGAGACCGUUGAGUAUGGAGGCUCGUCGGUGGGAAAGGAGGAGUGGAGAUGCGAAGUUGGAUGAUUUCGUGGCUGCGGAUGUGGAGAAGAGGGAGGUAAAAGAUGAUGUUAAGAUGGGGGGAUUUGUGGAGCUUGAGACGCCAGCGGGAUUGGAGGGGAAGUUGUUAAAAGAGAGGGAGAGGGGAAAAUUGGGAAAUGAAGAGGCGAAGAAUUAGAGGAAACAUAUACUUUGUAUACGUGGGAUUAUUCUAUUUGAUAUUUGACACAUACAAUAACUUUUCACAACAUAUCCAUGAGUAACAAUGGCAAUAGCCUGAUAUC